GACUUCAUUUGUGGGUGUGGUCUACUAUUUUUCUUUGCUUUCGCUUUACGUUGGAUUAGACAGAGUGCGUUGCGCAGUUUUUGUAAAAGGACAGAAUCAGGAAUUACUUAUAUGGUAAUAUAAGUAAUUACCAUAUUACCAGCGGAUCCUCGCUGGUUUCGUUUUACGUUGGGGAGUAUUUGGUAAAUCCCCUUCCUCGCGUUUUUAGGCGGUGCGUCAUUAUAUAGUUUUCCUUCUUCUGAUUUGCUACGUGUUUGUUGCAGGACUCUUUUCGGCUUUGACUAUAAUUCUUUAUUAAGGGCUCAUCUCCUCUUAAAGUUUUACCAAAGUCCACAUGGCUGUUCCGGAUCAAUUUCAGCUACUUGCUAUAAAUGAAAUCGCGGAAGCUCUCAGCAGCAAUGAACGCAGUAGGCUCUUCUAUUUAUGUGAAAGCUUGGACACGGACCACAGUGUGGCUUGUAUGAAGGAGAUGCUCAGAUCAAAAGUGACGCAGCAUCAAAACGCUCACCUGUUUCUGGCAGAGCUCAUGUGGCGUUUGGGGCGUUUGGAUAUCCUAAGGAAGGUGUGCAAAGUCAACAGGGAUGACUUGGAGAGGACCAGACAAAUGGUCCCACGUUUCAGAGUAUUGAUGACAGAACUAAGUGAGGAGCUGGACACUGAAGAUUUGGACAGUAUUAAAUUCCUGUUAAGCUGCAAAUUAUCUCGUGAAAAGCUUGAGAAGACAAAGAGUUUUCUGGAUAUCAUUGUUGAACUUGAAAAGCUGGAUUCAGUCUCUCCAGAAAGACUUGACUUCGUAGAGGACUGCUUGACAAACAUUGGCAGGAUCGAUCUAGUCAAAAAACUGACCACUUACAAGAAUUCAGCUGGGGCACCCGAACAGCAGCUAAAUUUGUCUCUGCAGCAACCCCGUAGAAUUUCUCAUGUCACACAAGAGCGCCGCAUUGUAGAAGUGAGCCCACGAUCAGGUGCCUGUCUAGAGCCGAGCUCUGAGAGUCAGCCAGAUUGCUAUAAAUUUAACACUAAUCCCAGAGGACACUGUGUGAUCAUAGACUGCGUGGGUAAUGAUGGAGAAAAAUUGGAACAAACAUUUAAGGCGCUUCGCUUCAGCGUGAAUCUCCACCAGUAUCUGAGUUCUGAUGAGGUGUUUUCAGCUCUCGAAAAUAUUCUCGAUAAGAUGGAGAAACUCAGAAAUGAUAGCUUUGUGUGCUGCAUCAUUAGCCGUGGCACAGAAAGUCAACUUUUGGGCACAGAUUCGACUGGCAAUGGAUUUUCUAUCAACGAGGUCAGGCGUCUUUUCAAUGCUAACAGAUGCCCGUUGUUGGCGGGCAAGCCCAAACUUUUCUUCAUCCAGAGAUACAACGUACCUAAGUUGUCCCUGCGCCCCAGGAUGAACCCGGACGAUGGGCACCUCGAGACAGAUGGCUGUGAUGGGGCUGUCACAGCAGCUAUUCCUAUGGAUGCAGAUGUGUUCUGGAGUCACUGCUGGACAGAUGAGUGUCAGCUGGAAGAAGAGGAACAUAGCUCUGUGUAUGUGAAGGCUCUGACAAAUGCUUUAAACAAAGCCCAAAACAGGAAAAUUAAGAUUGAUGAUAUUCAAAUGGAGGUGAACAACGUCGUCUUUGAACACAGCAGAAGUAAUCCUCAAGCCAGCUACCACCUUGAUGUAAAACACACCCUGAGGAGAGAUCUGUACUUACAAUAAAGAAUUUAUUUACUUUUUAUUUGCUAAACACCGUGAAGUAUCUGGCACCAGUACUGGUGUUACAGAUAGGCCUUAGAGUCACUGUGCCUCCUCAGCUGAAUUGUGCUGAUACCCUUAUGUAACUAGAUGUUAAAUUCAGUUAGUGUGGGGACGAAAAAGUUAAACAGCCACACUGAUAAUUAGUUAAGGCAGCUCGAACUCAAGUUAAUUAUUUGCUUAGCAGUAACUUAGUGCUUUUGCAGCACUGAGGAGGCCACUGACUUUAUAGCGGAGGCACCUGUUCAGGUCCUGUUUCCUUGUGAUAAAAAAAAUAGGACAUUCAUCAGCUUGCGCAGCUAAACUAUACUUGUGGACUUCUUAAUCUUUGAAUGCAGGUGUCUCCAUCCCAAUGCCCCGGGUCUCCAUAAUCAU